CCCCCCCCCCCCCCUGAUGCGGUAGCAACUUCAGCAAACCCCAGGGACUUUGUUCAAAUGUCUGUUAGUGUUCUUAAAUAUUUGAAUAUCUGGGGACGGUGAGCGCGGAUCCCAGGUCCGAGACGCCGGCCGCGGGGCGAGAGGACUCCUCGUGGCCAAUCAAGUGGUCUUUCCCUGCCUGGAUCUGAUUGGAUGCGUUACUGAAACCCUGGACCUGGCCGAGUGACAGUGCCUCCCAUGGAUCCAAACAUCCAGGGGUCUUUUCUGUUCAACAACAGCCUGAGCCAAUUCCCCUCGGAGCUCAAGGCCCCAGUGUGCCAAUACUCGGUGCCCAACUCCUUCUACAAGCUCAACCCGGGCCUAAACAGCCAGCUGCAGGCGGGGACGCCUCACGGCAUCAGCGACAUCCUGAGUCGCUCCAUGAUGGGGAUGGGCUCCACGGGCACCACCACCACCACCCUGCUGUCCGGGUACUCCACCAUGGGGGGCUUCAGCCCCUCCGUCACCAGCACGUCCAUGUACUACAACCGAGAGUACAACCCGUCCCUGGGCGGCUUUUCCAAGCCCGGCGCCGAGUGCCCCAUGAAGGGUCGCAGCGCGAGCUGCUGGCCGGAGAGCGGCUGUGACUGGAGGGCAGGGAGGCAGCAGUGCCCCAACAGUGGUGGUCCCCUGGGAGAGAUGACAGGAAGGAAGAAACACACCAGACCAACAUUUAGUGGACAUCAGAUAUUUGCUCUGGAGAAAACUUUCGAGCAGACAAAGUACUUGGCCGGACCCGAGAGAGCGAGGCUGGCUUAUUCCCUGGGCAUGAGCGAAUCCCAAGUCAAGGUGUGGUUUCAGAACCGACGCACCAAGUGGAGGAAGAAGAGCGCCUCGGAGCCCAGCUCCACGCAGGCGGGCCUCGCGGGGCCGGGCGGCGAGGCCUCGGAGAACGAGGUGGAGGACGAAGAGUACAACAAACCUCUGGACCCCGACUCCGACGACGAUAAGAUCCGGCUGCUGCUGCGCAAACACCGCAGAGCUUUCUCCGUCCUGCGCCUCGGGCCGCACGUCUGACCCACUUCCGGGAAGCGCGCGCGCGCUCAGCGGACCCGCAUGUCGCGGUCGGAGCCAAAUUGUCGUUAAAAAAAACACAAAAGAGAUGAAUCUUUUGAGCAUGUUGCGGUAGAUAAAACGGGCUGAAACUAAGAAGACGUUUACUUUUAUAUGUUACUGUGUCUCUGGCCUGUUCAAUGUUACACUGUUCAGUGAGUUGGGGAGUGCGAUGUAGCCUACUCGCCAUUUUGUAAAAAUGUAUGAAGAUAACAUAAAAACUGCAUGAUGCCAUCGGUAAUAAUACUACAAAUAAAAAAAGAUUUACCGGAG